AUGCAAGAGCUCUACCUGGUGGUCUUCUUGACGCGGUACUUGGACUUGUUUUUUCGUUUCAUUUCUGUGUACAACAGCGUGAUGAAGGUUGUGUUCAUUAUCCUGACGGCACUCACGAUUGGCAUGUUCAAGUACCGACCGUCCCUCAAGGCUUCAUACGACGCCUCCUUGCCAUAUUCCCAAACUAGCCUGGUCAACUUUCUGUGGACCUUCUCGGAAGUGCUGGAGCCGCUGGCGCUCGUGCCGCAGUUGCUUGUGUUCCGGGGCAGCACGGACGCCGGGCGACUGGCAUGGACGUACGUGACCCUGAUGGGCGCCUACCGAGCGUUCUAUAUUCUCAACUGGGUGUACAGAUCCCACUACGAAUACGGGUACAUACACCAUCCGCUUGUGUAUGCGGCGGGGAUAAUCCAGACGGGGAUGUACCUCAUGUUCCUCGUGGAUCGGGGAGUCAGAGUCUCUCCGCACUUGCCCCCCGAUGAGACCGGUGAUGUCGACAUCAUGGAACCAACCUCUUCUGCCCGGGAGCGGCUACUACCCGACCAGGACACAGACACAGAGCCAAGCCGCAACCGUGAGCGCGGUUUGGACGGUGAGGUGCAUGGGAGGAAGCUCUCGGGUGUAGCGGAUGCCGCAAGCGCGACGUCACGGCGCGGUGAACAUCAGCGAGGCGACGAAACCGUGAGCAAGAUCGAGAGUGUCCUGAGUCGGGAGCGUGGGCAGGGACGGUCUGUGCACGCUAGUGGCAAGAAUGCGGCCGAAGACACUAGCAGCGUUGAAACACGCACGGCCGCCGCCGCUGGUGGCGGUGGUGCUGCUGGUGGUGAGAUGACAGGGAGCCAAGGAGUGUACCUCGUCUAG